AUGUCUCUAGCGCAGGGUUCUCCCAGACUACCCAGUCCACCACCUCCCGCUGAGAUUCAGAUCGGACCUAAAUCCCCAGGACUGGGCAGCACUGCGAGCCGUCAAGUACAAGAAAUGGAGCAAUCAAUCGCCCACGCGAAUGCAAAGCGGCGCAUACAUCCAGGAACCAAGUCUGAGGACAUGGCCGCCGGUCCUCCUCUUGUUCCAUUAGGCGAGCUUGAUUCAGCCUUCCAACUCCAAGAACACCUCGCAGCGCUCCACUACUUCCACAGCGCCUCAAACACAACAGCUAUAACCCGAGCGACCGCCGCCCAACUAACUCAACCGCCGCCUGGCAUCGACCGCACACUAUGGCUCUACGAACUGUGCCGCUUCCUAAUAGCGCAAUGCAACAACCUAAUAGUCGGUUUCCUCUUCGACACACCACCCUGCUCCUCCGCGACGUGUCCCGAGAUGCGCGCCUCCGAAUGGCAAUUCCUAUGCGCUGUCCACGACCAACCUAAAAGUUGUUGCGCCAUCGACUAUUGCUGCCACACGCUCGACUGGGCCGCGAACGUCGUCACCAACCCCAAGAUCUUCCCGAGCCGUUUUGUAGUGCUAUCCGAAGGACAUGAUAAGAGCGCCGUGCUCAAGAAUCUUGUCAACGUAUUCCGUCGUCUGCACCGAAUAUUCGCACAUGCGUGGUUCCAGCAUCGAGGUGUGUUUUGGUCGGUCGAGGCCCAGACGGGUCUUUACGCAUUCUUUAAGACGGUCUGUGAUAUGUACGAUCUCCUGCCUGCUGAGAACUACAAGCUGCCGCCCGAAGCGGAGGGUCUGGAACCGGUGCCAAUCGAGAAGGAAGAGAAGAAGCCGAUAGCAACGGCUAUUGCGAAACCCCCGUCGCAGCAACAUGAAAAUGCCGAGCAUGACGAUGAUCGACACAGUCUGCAUGCGCGUAGAAGCAAUACGGCUAGACAUUCGAGCAGACCGUCUACUGGUAGUGCCGUGACGACUGUCAUCGAGGAGCGAGAGGACGAGCAGGAUGUUACGAGUAAGCUGAAGAACAUGCAUAUUUCAGCCCCCGAGACUGUGGAGGAAGAGUCUGAAGUUGAGGUUCCUGUUAUUGUUGAAGGAGAAUUGAUAGAUACUUCUCCAGUUGAAGUGCGACAGCCUACUGAGUCGCAAGAGCAUCAGGAUGAUCUCCUGGCUCAUGGUGUCAAGAUUGAUGUACAAGAGGAUGUACCUGUGGAACCUGAGACUUCUACCACUGAAGAGAGUACGGAAAAGAAGGCCGAGGAGGAGCCCAAGGAGAUACCCCUCCUAGACCACGAGCAGCUCAUCGAGGAGACGAAUGAAGAAUCUGCCCCAAGUGAAGAGAAGCAACCAGAAGCAACUGAGGGUGGACCCGAAGAAGUUGAUCCGGCCGCCCCCGAAGAGCCUGCACCUUCCGUGGCCGAAACUGUCAUCGAAGUAACAGAAGAAGAGGCCACACUAGAACAAUUCGAGGAAUCCGAUUCAGCCUCCGUCGAAGGCGUUAUCGAGCGCGCUGUGCAGACCAUGGAACGGCUCCGACACCGAUUGUCGCUGGCUGGCGAUGACGCUGCAGACGAGGAUGACCUGGACUACGAGACCGAGAUGAUUGUUAGGCGAACCAGGGAGAUUGCUGAGAGGCUGAGGAGCUAUCAAGGAUCCCCUGAUAGCUCUGAGUCUGAUAGUCCUCAGGAAUCCAUUGUUGGUGAGCAUAACGGUGAUGUCUCGGGGCUUGAUGGUGCUCGUGAGUCUGAGGAGUAGGAUGACAUUUAUGACUGAGAGCAAGAGUAUGUUCCGAAUCGAUGUCACGCAAAUGGCAGAGACAGGCGGGGUGUAAUGUUUCUAUGUUUUCCCUUACGGAUACGAAGAAAAGACCUUGACGGUUGUGUACGAUCAGUGUUAAGCCUAUAAGUUAUGUUAGGAGGGGAAAUUAAGGAAGGUCUCAAGGUACAUAGUUAGGGUAUGAGGGGCGAUAGGUGGAUGGAUGAGCUCUGCUCUGCUCUGCUGUGCAAUAGGUUUGAUGCUGGGCUCGUGGAAGGGCUCGAUAAUAAUAUGAACGUCUUAUGUAUAAGGUCUUGCUCCUUGUGUCCUUCCUGAAAUUUCCCCCUCCCUAAAUACAUGUUUCAUAUAGACUCAUGUCCGCAGCUUAGAAUGCGUAAAGAGUUUUGAGUAUAAUAUGAUGAUAAGACGUGUGAAUCAGAGAAGUCAACGCGGUUGUAGUGGGAUGUAUGGCUCUAUUCUAAAUUACGGCGUAUUUAUCGAAGUCUGGAUAUCAAUGUGAACUCAAGGAUAUUAUUCAUUUUUAAUCUCCCAUACGUCUAUACCCAAAUUCCUAUAACCAAAAACAACAAUCAAAGAAAUCUAAGCAUUACAUUAAAAUACAAAUGUAUGAGUGGAUAUAUCGAUAGACAGGCAGUGUUGCAAAUAAACACAGCAGUCCUUUGUAUGCGUCGGCCUCUCCCCCUUUUUUAAAAACCGGGCCUCUGGUUAUUUGAUAUCUGG